CCGUAAACGAUCAAAUAAUUUGUAAAAUUUAUCCUUCAAACUUCACAUUUUCUUCAAACAAUUUUGACAAACUUGCGUGUACAUAGUUCACACACGGUUAUCUCUUUCUCCAGUCGUGCGUACGUACGUAUAUACAUACCAUAGUGUUCUGUGGAAAUGUUGUGCACAGAACCAGACGACUAUAUGGAAUCUAGCAAGGUGAACGCACAAGUAAUAACUGAAGUUUGGUUCGACAAAAAUCCAUACCUUCAAACGUGUUUAUCAAACACACCGUCAAUCUAGAUUUAAAUCAACCACUUAUCAAACAUUGUUUGACAAACGCAUCAAACACGACCGCAGACGAUUGAAACAAAAAGUUUGACUACGAGAUAUUACGCACUCAGUGACUCAAUUUUCCACAGAGUACUUAUUUAUUAUGGUCAAUUUUCCCAAGUUUCAUAUAAGUGUACAUUACGGGCAUUGACUUACAUUGUAAGUCAAUAAUUACGGGUUUCAGUUUUUGUUGAGUUUAGGUUGUAUUUAGAUAUCAUCGUAAUUAAAUAAGAAUUCUUAUGUGGCCAAGUCACCAAUACAAUAAAUAAUGUCGUCUUUCGUAAAUCAUAGGAACGAGAGCUCGUUGAGUGUUGACGAAGCGUGUACAAAGGACAAUGUUACUUAUUACAAGAUUACAGUUAAGGUGGGCGCCGUGUACUGGAUCGUGUGGCAUCGGUACAGUGACUUUGUCGACCUGCAUGAUAGGCUGGUCACCGACCACGGCGUGGCUAAAGAUCUGCUUCCGCCAAAGAAGGUCAUCAGGAAUAAAACACCAAAGUUUGUGGAGCAGAGACGUGAAGCUCUUAACGAGUACCUCAAGAGCGUGUUCAAUUAUUUGACGCUGACGAUGCCGUACGAGUUCGCGCACUUCCUUGAUUUUCAUUUGUAUGAUAUUUUCUUCCUGUUGCAAGAUUUGGCAAAAAAACUUUUCCUAGAAGGAGAUAAAAUGCUGCAAAACGAAAAGUCACACAGGUUCACGCCGAUGGAGCUUCACGCAAUAAGUGAACGUCUAAAAAUUGCAUGUCCACCGAGUGAGAAGGAGGAUCAAAUGUAUGACUUUAGCCAUGUACUGGACUUCUGCUCUCAGCUGCGAGCACUCAAUGUUGAAGGCAGUUAUGAGAAGCUUGGGACCAGCAACAUAGUGCCCAACGAACUGCAUUUUGACCUAGUGUCCUUUAAGAAUUUGGUAAACUUGAAAAUUUUGGGUGUUCCCAUGGCAUGCAUACAGAGUGUUGGUAGCCUUCGUGAGACCUUGGUCAGCCUGUCCGUGUUGAUAGCCAGUGUGGUGUCCUUGAAUGAAUUCUUGCUGGUAGACAUCAUCCACAGGGACCCGGCUAGCAUAGCUGAGACAGUGAAAUGGAAGAAACUCUCUCUGGUAAACUUCUCAAGCAACAACAUUCGUAAUGUCGAUUGGGGGAUCAAAUUGGUCCCUAAACUCCAACAUUUGAGUUUUUCGUCGAACAAGCUCACUGAACUCUGUGAUAUAUCGUGCCUUCACGAGCUUCGAGUGCUCAACCUGUCAAUGAACAAUUUCUCGGUGUGCGACAACUGGCACGCUAAAAUUGGCAACAUCGUUAAAAUUGAUUUGUCGCAGAACAAAGUCGAAUCUCUUCAAGGUUUCUCGCGUUUGUACUCUUUAGAGAGCUUGGACCUGAGCUGCAAUCUUAUACAGGACGUGGAAGAAGUCCAGCACAUAUGCAACUUACCGUGCUUGGAAUAUCUGUGGUUGACAGCGAAUCCUGUGGCGUCAUCAAUAGAUUAUAGGGUUAAAGUUAUAGAGCAGUUUAACGCACGGAUGGCGGAAAUCUGUCUAGACAACGAGAAAGCUUCUGAGAAGGAACUGGACACAGCGAGGGUGCUUCAAGCGCUGAGGGUGGUCAAGGAAGGCAGGAAGCCUAGCUUCCUUCAAGAUAGUAGUACGAGUCAUACCUUUAAUAAAAGUUGACAAGAGGACAGUUUGCUACAAACUGUCUUCGUUCUUAUAGUCCAAUGUUAUACGUGCUUUAAACACGACGUUGUAUUUCAAAAUUACGGUUUUCCUGUUUUGUAUUAUGGCCAGGGAUUAAGCCGACAUAUAUGCUGAGCCUGCUUCUCUAAAAUAAUUUCACGACUGUUUUUCGUGCGCAGCAAUGGACAUCAAGUUGUGUGGCAGCAAUGUUUAUGACCCUUCCUAUAUCCUAUGUUGUGGCGUUCUGUAUUCUGCGUCAGGCUUUAUAUAGGUGACAUUUGCUUGUCGUAAGAAUAAACUAUAUUGUAGGUAGUGUUGCCAGGUCUACUGUUUUUCCAGUAGAUCUACUGUUUUUUGGACGACAUCUACUGUUCUACUGUUUUUUAGCGAAAUUCUACUGUUUUUAGGAACUUUAUGUUUUUUGGAAUGAAAGUGUAGAGCACAUUAAAUAAAAAAAAUGUUGUAAACUGUUCUUAUUGGAUAAAAUAGGUACUUUAUGCACUCCACUGGAUUAUGUUUUUUAGCUGGUACAUAAACGUAUCUACUAAAAAUCUUUUACGUGCAAGCAUUUAGCAUUAACGUGAUCUCAACUGUGACUGUCUGAAGAUAUUGAACAUUUGUCGAUGUUUUUGCAAAACUUUACAAUGUGGUCGAAUCAUAGGACAUCGUCCUUUUAUUUUUUGUGGUAUUUCGGCAUAUUUGUCAAUCACAGGUCUAGAAAAUGCGGGGAUGUAACAUCUAGGGUAUCCAAAUACAAAUUUUAUUGUGAGAUAUCAACAUCGAUCGAUCGAAAAUCGAUUAAAAGUGUUUCAAACACCGUAAGUUCAGCAUCUACUGUUUUUUUCCUCAAUCUACUGUGUUUUCUGUGCAAUAUCUUCCGAUUUUUUCAGAUUUGACCUGGCAACACUGAUUGUAGGUCCCGUCAACCGUCAAAAGUAGUGAUGUCAUCGAUUUACGCCAUAGGUUCCCAAAUUUUUUUGGCUCACUUAGGCAAAAAAUAAAAUUUUUGCACCUACGAUCACAAAAAAUAAUUGAAAACGCGUAUUUUUUAUGUUACCUUAACACAAAAAAACGCAAGGAAAAAAAUUAUAUAUGUGCUAUAAUUAUAUUCCGCUUCUAGAUCUGUUCAGCGUCCACUGGGCGAUAGGAACCACUUUGGGAAACUAUGAUUUUAGCC